AUGGCGACAGACGAGGAACCGUCCUACAUUGACUACGAGACCUUCCUCGACCCGGCAUUCACGCCAGCCUCGUUCGCCAACACCUUGGUUCUUGCGACAAACAACCCCAAUGAUGCCACCUUGGACCUCUCCACGCCGCUCUCCAAAGUGCUGUUCGAUGCCCAAGAGAUAGACUCGCACAUAGACCUGCUUACGACAAGGUCUGCGAUACCCAUUUUGACACAUACGAAAGAGCAGACGGACUCAAGCACGCGAAUCAUCUCCGAGAUUGACAACCAGGUCAAGAGUCUGAACGAGAGCUACAAGCAGCUUGAGAAAGAGGUCAUACAGAAACACGCAGAGGCAGAUGAGGUCCGGCAAGUCGCUUCCCGUCUUUGGGAGGCGCUGAAGCUGGGCAGGUCAGUUGCACGGUGCCUGCAGCUGGGACGGCAGUUGGAAGUCCAGCACUCGGAGAUCUCAAGCUCUGGUGCAGCUAACGCUGCUGGAGCCACCAAGAGUCAGGACCACCGGGCCCUGGUACGAUGUGCGCACACCAUCCUGUCGCUCCGCGAGGUCCUGGACCACAAGGCACCUGGCGAAGAAGGCUAUGGACUGGACAGAAUAAACACCAUGAAGAGCCUGCAAGACAGCAUCAUCGCCCCAAUCGAGCGAUCAGUAAGGACUGCGUCAGAGCAGAUCAUACGUGAAUUUGCUAUUGGGUCGUCAAGUGGCACGGCAACAUUUGCCCAAAGCGAGGAAACCAAGGCGCGAACCCUGUCAGCCAUGACCACACUGUACCUACUUUCGCCCACCUCGGCCGUCAAGCCAGACAAGUGGGCUCCGCAGCUGCUGCUGCAAGCUCUGGAGAAUUAUCUACGCAAUGCGCUGCAGAGCUCCAUAGCCUCACUCACUCGAUCGUUGGCAACAUUGCCUACGCUGGAUCGCACGUUGGCUGAAGUAGCUGCGCGGUGUCAAAACGUUGUCGCAUUGGAGAUCAUCCUGGACACCACCAAGCCGCCAACGCACCCGCUACUUCCAAAGCACAGGCAAAGCACAGACGGCUCAAACCUCCUGCAGCCAUUGCUUGCCCAUCUGGAGACCGGUUCUCUGCCGUCGUAUUUUUGGAGGUCCAUGGCCAGCAGUCUGUCAACAAGGGUGGUGGAGUUGAUGAACCGCGGCGGUGUAUCUGCCCGGACACUCAAGUCUAACCGCAGCUCAGUGGGUGAUGCCAUUAGGGAAUGUGUCAUCAAGGGCAGCCAGGCACCAAACACCAUCACUGUAGCUAAGAGCAAGACCGGAAAGUCAGACUCGGAGAAGGCAGGUUGGGAUCGUGAGGUCGCAGUCAUGGUCGGAAGUGUGGUUGGAAAUCUUGGUCGAUGA